UCCCGAAGGAGCAACGCUGGGAUACCUGUGAGGGAGGAGGAAGGGGUCGACCCGAGGACUGCUUUCACCCUCGAUGAGUAUCCGGCACGUGGCCUAGUCCCUUCUCAAGAAUGCCUAACGAAGCUAGGCCGGUGUGCGAGUGCGCGCAGGUGCCCCAAAAGUCUUGCAUCGGGAUGAACAUCCCGAGCAAGAGCAUGGCGACUCCGAAGAACUCGAGGGGUUCAAAGACCGAGAGGGCCCCGAAAAAAUUAUCCGAGGACUCCGUCAGGAUCCCGAAGCCUAGGCCACCGGAAACCGGAAGCAGCACUUCCGUGGCGGAACAGAGACGGCCGGGGAAAAACGGAAGCAAACAAGAGAAGCGCUUGAACGCCUCGAGGAGGACUCGAAGCGCCGACAGGACGGACUCGCAUUACACCUCUCAUUACACGUACAUUGACUCCGGCUCGAGCAUACUCGGAGGCAACAUUCGAGAAGACACGAUAACGGAAGCGAUCUACACGACUAUUCAGGACUCGCCGAACAGGAACGUUAAUGGCACUACCGGAAGUCAAGUCAAUGGACACAGCCGGUCACAGCCGGUACACGCUAUUCCUUCGAUGACUUCGCCACCACCUACCUACGAUGUUGCUAUGUGGCAGUUUUCGAUGUUGCAGUCGGGUUUACCGCCGUCCUACGAGGAAUAUCUCUGCCACAAGUAUGCGGCGAUCUCGCGAUCGCACACACCUCCACCUCCGUGGUCAGACUCGACGAGCAACAUCCACCAGGUGCGAAGAGACCUCCUGGCCAGCCAGCCGGAGCUGCGAGAGUACCUGAACCAGCUGGCCCUGGCCCACAACGUCGACCAGGGGGCACAUCAUCAGCAACUCCUGAGGGACUCUACUUCCAGCAACCAGCAGCCCCCCAGGAAGCAGCAACCCGCCAGGAUCCAGCGAACCCGGCCCAUGCCCCCCAGGUCGCAGAGCGAAAGUCGUGCCCAGCAACAGCGAAUCGCGACCAUGUACGAGGACGGAGCCUUCUGCAUGGAGACCACGGCCAUACAAUCGGCGUUUGAUAACGGCGUGGCCUUUUGCAGUGUCAUGUAAACCCCCCUGAAGUUCCACCCCGACUACCAGACUCCGAUUUGUCAAUGAAGAAUUUUGUCAGGAUGUAACAAAACGCGGGAGUCUCUAGUCGAUGUCAAAAGUCGAGAAUAAGUCUAAGUACACGAUCUAUGAGGAGGAUGAUCUCGUGGAUCUCCGUAGCCUCGACGGGGCGAGGAUUUUCGUUUCUUCGUUUCCUUCCUGGCUGGCCCAGGACCUCUCGUUUCCGGUCUGGACGCACUUCCGGUACAGCGCCUGGUAAUUAAUUAUUAUCUCUCGGUAAUCGACGCACCUUUUACGCGAGACAUCACGGUGAUAAAGAUUACUGUGUCUAUUGUAAACUCUUUCUU